AUGGCUCAGUUCUAUUACAAAAGAAAUGUCAACGCCCCCUACAGAGACCGCAUCCCGCUGAGGAUCGUCAGAGCAGAAUCGGAACUCUCACCAUCAGAAAAGGCCUACUUGAACGCAGUGGAGAAGGGGGACUAUGCAAGUGUCAAGAAAUCUCUGGAGGAAGCUGAGAUUUACUUUAAAAUCAACAUUAACUGCAUCGACCCCCUUGGAAGGACUGCUCUUCUGAUCGCCAUUGAAAACGAGAACCUGGAGCUGAUUGAACUCCUGCUAAGUUUCAACGUCUAUGUUGGCGAUGCGCUGCUUCAUGCCAUCAGAAAAGAGGUGGUUGGAGCCGUGGAGCUGUUGCUGAACCACAAAAAGCCAAGUGGAGAGAAGCAGGUGCCUCCCAUUCUCCUUGAUAAGCAGUUCUCUGAAUUCACUCCAGACAUUACACCUAUCAUCUUGGCUGCACAUACAAAUAAUUAUGAGAUAAUCAAACUUUUGGUCCAGAAAGGUGUCUCGGUGCCCAGACCCCACGAGGUCCGCUGUAAUUGUGUCGAGUGUGUCUCCAGCUCAGAUGUGGACAGCCUCAGGCACUCGAGGUCCAGGCUCAACAUCUACAAGGCAUUGGCCAGUCCCUCACUCAUUGCCCUGUCAAGCGAAGACCCUUUCCUCACCGCCUUUCAACUGAGCUGGGAGCUGCAGGAACUGAGCAAGGUGGAGAAUGAAUUCAAGUCAGAAUACGAGGAGCUGUCUAGACAAUGCAAACAAUUUGCUAAGGACCUCCUAGAUCAGACACGGAGUUCCAGAGAGCUGGAAAUCAUUCUUAAUUACCGCGAUGACAAUAGUCUGAUCGAAGAACAGAGUGGAAAUGAUCUUGCAAGGCUAAAAUUAGCCAUUAAGUACCGUCAAAAAGAGGUGAGUGUUGCCAGACACGAUCCAUCAAUGAGAUGGAAUCUCAUCCCUGACAACCCAGCACUACGCCGAAGUUGUGUUACACUUAACUGCAUUUUUAUUCUCUUCCCCAGUGACUUUUUGAAAGCCCAGGAACAAACUUUUGAUAAACUUCUUGACAGUUUUAUAUGGGGAGAAAUUAAACAGAUGUGGGAUGGUGGACUUCAGGAUUACAUCCACGACUGGUGGAACCUAAUGGACUUUGUGAUGAACUCCCUGUACUUGGCAACAAUCUCCUUGAAGAUCGUCGCGUUUGUGAAGUACAGUGCUCUGAACCCACGGGAAUCAUGGGACAUGUGGCACCCCACCCUGGUGGCAGAGGCUUUAUUUGCUAUUGCAAACAUCUUCAGUUCCCUGCGUCUGAUCUCACUCUUCACUGCAAACUCUCACCUGGGACCUCUGCAGAUAUCUCUGGGAAGAAUGCUCCUGGACAUCCUAAAAUUCUUAUUCAUAUACUGCCUCGUGCUGCUAGCCUUUGCAAAUGGCCUAAAUCAACUGUACUUCUACUAUGAAGAAACAAAGGGGUUAAGCUGCAAAGGCAUACGGUGUGAGAAACAGAAUAAUGCGUUUUCCACGUUAUUUGAAACUCUACAAUCCCUGUUUUGGUCAAUAUUUGGACUCAUCAAUUUAUAUGUCACCAACGUCAAAGCCCAGCAUGAGUUCACCGAGUUUGUUGGGGCCACCAUGUUCGGGACAUAUAAUGUCAUCUCUCUGGUUGUCCUACUGAAUAUGUUAAUUGCUAUGAUGAAUAAUUCUUACCAACUAAUUGCCGACCAUGCAGAUAUAGAAUGGAAAUUUGCCAGAACAAAGCUUUGGAUGAGCUACUUUGAAGAAGGGGGUACCCUGCCUACGCCUUUCAAUGUCAUCCCAAGCCCCAAAUCCCUGUGGUACCUGGUCAAGUGGAUAUGGACACACCUGUGUAAGAAAAAGAUGAGAAGGAAGCCAGAAAGCUUCGGAACAAUUGGGCGGCGUGCUGCUGAUAACCUGAGAAGACACCACCAAUAUCAAGAGGUGAUGAGGAACCUGGUGAAGCGCUACGUGGCCGCCAUGAUCAGAGAGGCAAAAACUGAAGAGGGCCUGACAGAGGAGAAUGUCAAGGAACUAAAGCAAGACAUUUCUAGCUUCCGCUUUGAAGUUCUGGGAUUGCUCCGAGGAAGCAAGCUCUCCACAAUACAGUCAGCCAACGCCGCGGCCAGUCCGGCAGACUCCGAUGAAAAGAGCCACAGUGAAGGUAAUAGCAAGGACAAGAAAAAGAAUCUCAGCCUCUUUGAUUUAACCACUCUGAUCCACCCAAGGUCAGCAGUCAUUGCCUCCGAGAGACAUAACGUAAGCAAUGGUUCCGCCCUGGUGGUGCAGGAGCCGCCCAGGGAGAAGCAGAGAAAAGCGAAUUUUGUGGCUGAGAUCAAAAACUUCGGGUUGUUUCAUAGACGGUCAAAACAAAAUGCUGCUGAGCAAAACGCAAACCAAAUCUUCUCUGUUUCAGAAGAAAUUACUCGUCAACAGGCGGCAGGACCACUUGAGAGAAAUAUCCAACUGGAAUCCCAAGGAUUAGCUUCACGGGGUGACCUCAGCAUUCCUGGUCUCAAUGAACAGUGUGUACUAGUAGACCAUAGAGAAAGGAACACGGACACUUUGGGUUUACAGGUAGGCAAGAGAGUGUGCUCCUUCAAGUCAGAGAAGGUGGUGGUGGAAGACACGGUCCCAAUCAUACCAAAGGGGAAGCGUGCCCACGAGGAGGACUCGAGCAUAGACUAUGAUUUAAGCCCCACGGACACAACGUCCCAUGAAGAUUACGUGACCACAAGAUUGUGACACUUGGAGGAAGGAAGUUUACCAUACCUAUACAUAUUUUCCAUAGUGCUCCGGGUGGGGAAGAUGUUUGAAAUUAUGUUAUCAAAUGCUAAUUUACACUUUCUGGUGUUUAUCCAUUGUGGCAUAUUAACCUAUAACAUGUUUAAACAAAGCAGAGGCAACAUGAACCCUCCUCUUCUGUAGGCUGCUUUUGCUUUCACGGUUUAUUUUACAAAGGUCUCUGUUAAAUAAAAGCACCUUGUAUCCUUGUACUGUUACAA